AUGUCAAAUAAAGAUGAUGAAUCAAUUGAAAUGGUAUAUUCAAAAUCAUGUCUUGAUUUAAAUAUGGAUAUGGAAACAAAGUUAGAUGCAUGGCGUUCAUAUGUACAUAUUCAUAAACAUUAUGUUUUAGAAGGUGAUCAAUUACAUUGGUUAGCUAUUUCAUUAUAUGUAUCAUGUAAAAGACAUGAACAUCUAACAACAAAUCAGAAUAUUCCAAUAUCAAUAUCACGUUUAUUAAAAAGUGCUAAUCAUUUAGAAUUAUUUGUUUUUUUUUGA